AUGGCAGGUCAAUAUACACAGCUCAAGCUCAACACUGGUGCUACAAUUCCGGCCGUUGGCUUUGGGACUUGGCAAGAUAAGGAAGCCCAGGAACCAGCUGUUAUCGCUGCCCUCCAAGCAGGAUAUCGUCACAUCGACACCGCCCGCAUCUACGGCACGGAAGGAGCCGUUGGCAACGCUAUCAAGCACUCUGGUGUUCCUCGCUCGGAGAUAUUCCUCACCACUAAGUUAUGGAACAACAAGCACCACCCGGAUGAUGUGGAAGGAGCUCUUGACGCAUCGCUCAAGGACCUCGGCACAGACUACGUGGAUCUGUAUCUGAUGCAUUGGCCUAGUGCCUUUGCUCGUAGUGAGAAAUCAUUUCCCAAGGAAUCAGAUGGCAAGACCAACGCGAUCGCUGACAUUGACUACGUUGAUACAUACAAGGCCAUGGAGAAGCUUCUCCAAACUGGGAAGACAAAGGCCAUUGGAGUUAGCAACUUCUCCCAAGCAGAAAUGGAGCGACUGCUCAAGGAGACAAGUGUCGUCCCUGCAGCUCAUCAGAUGGAGAUGCAUCCAUGGUUACAACAAAAGACUUUCGCGGACUGGCACAAAUCGAAGGGCAUCCACAUCACCCACUACAGCCCCUUCGGAAACCAAAACGAAAUAUAUGACAGCGGUAAAAACAUUAGCAAGCUGAUGGAUGAUCCCGUAUUGGUCGAGAUUGGAAAGGCACACGGUAAGACUGGCGCACAGGUUGCUCUAGCUUGGGGAGUCACGAAGGGCCACUCUGUCAUACCAAAGAGUAAGACGGAGUCUCGCAUCAAAUCUAAUCUUGAGGGAGAUUUCAAGUUGAGUACUGAUGAUCUAGAAAAGAUCGAUGGGAUCGACAAGAAAUUGAGAUUCAACGAUGCAAGCUCUGGGUUCCGCUAUGAGUUCUUCUCGGAUCUUGACGGGAAGAAGCGGUAA